CCGAAGUUGAGGUCACCACGGUUCUCUCCAUACUUUGACAAUUGCAUUGGGGCUAUAGAUGGGACACACGUGCCUGUUGUUGUGCCAGCAGAUAAGGCUGUCCAACAUACGUGACGACAUGGGUACACUAGCCAGAAUGUGUUAGCCAUAUGUGACUUCGACAUGAGAUUUACCUUUGUCGUCGCGGGAUGGCCUGGAUCGGUUCAUGACAUGAGAGUCUUCAAAGAUGCAUUGGACAAGUAUGGCGAUAAAUUUCCACACCCCCCUGAAGGGAAGUUUUAUCUUGUCGACUCUGGAUACGCAAACCGUACUGGGUAUCUUGCCCCGUACAAGGGUACGAAAUAUCAUCUACCAGAAUUUCGAGCCGGACAAAUUCCCAGAGGUAAAAAGGAGCAUUUCAAUUAUGCACAUUCAUCAUUAAGAAAUGUCAUCGAGAGGUCAUUUGGGGUGUUGAAGAACAAAUGGCGUAUUCUGCGCGAUUUACCAUCUUAUCCAAUGGCAAAGCAAAGUCAAAUAAUUAUUGCUUGCAUGGCAAUUCAUAAUUUCAUUAGAGAGAGUGCUAUUGGUGAUGUUGAUUUUGAGAAUGCGGAUCAUGAGGAAAACGAUGCUACACCUUCUGAAGGACCAUCAUCUCAAGGAAAUGAAGGUGCUACCCAACAUGAAUAUGAAGAUCAAAGCAUGAACCAGUUUCGGGAUUGGAUAGCCGAUGGAUUGUUCAAUAGGUCAUAGGAUCCUUUAGUUUUUUGUUGUAAUAAUGUA